CGUGGUGAAAAUGCUGGCCCAAACGAGGCCUGAAGUGCUAUGCGUGAAAAUAAAAACUCAAGAGCGAGAUGGCAAAAUCUUUGGCUGCUAGUAUGUAAUUUUCCCUUUUAAAAAUGCAUUCGCAGCGAGAAGCCAAGUGUGGAAGCCGGCAACUCCUCCGUCGCCAUGGUUGCUCCCUGGCUCAUCUUCUUCUUCUCUCUUUUCUCCUUCACCACUCUCUCUUCAGCCUCAUCAACCUACGAAGAUCUUCUCAAAUCUGCGCGGGAACCGGAGUUCUUCACCUGGAUGAGGAGCAUUAGGAGGAAGAUCCACCAACACCCGGAGAUUGGCUUCGAAGAGUACAAGACCAGCGAGCUUAUUCGAUACGAGCUCGAGGCUCUCGGCAUCGACUACGUGUGGCCGGUCGCCAAAACUGGAAUCGUGGCUUCCAUUAUUGGAUCCCGUGAAAACCCUCAGUUUGCUCUACGAGCAGACAUGGACGCUGUACAGGAGCUUGCUGAUUUGGAAUAUAAGAGCCAACUUGAUGGGAAAAUGCAUGCCUGUGGACAUGAUGCUCAUGUUGCGAUGCUUCUUGGUGCAGCUAAUUUGCUUCAACGUCUGAAGAGCAAUCUAAAGGGCACCAUAAAGCUUGUUUUCCAACCCGGUGAAGAAGGCUAUGCAGGUGCCAAUCAUAUGCUGGAAGAAGGUGCUUUGGAUGAUGUAGAGGCCAUCUUUUGUGUCCAUGUUGACCAUACUCUUCCAACUGGUUCUAUUUCUUCUAGUGCUGGAACUCUUCUUGGGUCCGCAGAUACCUUUGAGGUAGUUAUUAAAGGGAAAGGCGGCCAUGCUGCUGCACUGCACAGAACUGCAGAUCCAGUUUUGGCUGCUUGUUCUGCCAUUCUUAGCCUUCAACAGCUUAUAUCUCGAGAAACCGAUCCUCUUGAGAGCAGAAUAAUUACAGUUGGUUUCAUGAAAGGUGGAGAAGCACACAAUAUCAUUCCAGAAUCCGUCACCUUUGGUGGAACCUUCAGGAGCAUGGAUACUGAAGGUCUCUAUAUUCUUAAACAACGGAUCCGUGAGGUCAUAGAGGCUCAAUCCGCCGUCCACCGGUGCACCGCAACAAUCAAGUUCAUGGAUAACGCUUACCCUGCAACAAUAAAUGAUGAGAAACUAUACAACCUUGCGAGGAGCGUGGCCGUCAGCUUGGUCGGAGAAGCCAAUGUCCGCCCUUUCCCUCGCCUCAUGGGUGCCGAGGACUUCGGCUUCUUUUCGCAGAGAAUGCCUGCAGCUCUUUUCACUGUUGGGGUUAGAAAUGAGUCUGUUGGAUCAAUCCACACCACACAUUCUCCCUAUUUCAUGAUUGAUGAGGAGGUUCUUCCUGUAGGAGCUGCCUUUCAUGCAGGUGUGGCUCUAACUUAUUUAGAGAGGAAGGUUUCUCUGUUCUAAAAUGGCUCACGUAACAGUAAACUGAAGAGUUAGUUGUCUCUGAUUAGGCUACAACCAUGCUGUGAUUUGAUUUUGUGACAUAUCCCAUGAUCCUCUUGGUCCCCAAGGAAGGCUAUUCAGCCCCAAUUUAAAAAAUUUGAGGACUGAUGAAUCACUUUUAUAAACAUUGAGAGUAAAGAUGCACCGUGAUUUGAUUCUGCGAGGUAUCUGAGAGGUAAAAUGUGUUGCGGGGGAUCAUUUUAGUCCAAGAAUCUAUAAAAAUGUCAAUUUAGUCCCCUGAUUUUUGUAAUAUGAUCUAAAAUGGUCCCAACGACUAGAUAUUUCAGCCCCUAUUUAAAGAGUGAGGAUUUAGUUUGAACUUUUAACUCAAUGUAAAUAGUUGGGGAAAUAUUUUGGCACUUCAUGUUAUCAGAAACAGUUUGUAAAGUGCCAUUUUGUUGGAACUUAAGUCAGUUUUGAGAAAUUUUAGUGAUUUCUUGACAUUUUA